AUAUUAGAUGAAGAUCUUGCCUCGAGAGCUGAGCACUAUUUCUUUGAAAUGAAGCGAGUUGUUAAGGGAAGAGAGGCAUGGGCUCGUGGAGACCUACAAGAAUUCAGACAGCUGAUCUCUGCAUCUGGCCGCAGCUCCAUAGUCAACUACGAAUGCGGCUUGAGAGAGAUGAUAGAGCUAUACGAGAUCCUCCUGAAAGCGCCAGGGGUCCUCGGCGUGCGGUUCAGCGGUGUUGGCUUCAGAGGCUGCUGCCUCACCAUCAUCGAUGGCGACCGUGUGGAGGAGGCGGCAUCGUACGUUGGCGCUGAGUACAAGAAGGCCCAGCCAGAGCUGGUGAGCAAGAUCCUUGCAGAUUGUCGCGUGCUGGUCUGCGAGCCCGGGGACUCCACGCGCAUCAUAUUGCAGUCAAGAGCUUCCUGUUUAUCGGGACUUUGA